UAUAUCUUCACAAUACUUAGAAUAGUAUACAUUGGUUAUUCACCCACAAACUGCUUUGUUUGCCUCGCUUAAUCAACUUGAACCAAAUCUCUAAGACUCAGCUGCCUGCCUCGAAUGUUCUCUUGAGACACAAUCGAUUUAAUAAGCUGAUUCGUGGACAGUUGGACGUCUCACGCUGGAAGCCUGAAUAGCUGAAAAUAGUUAUAUUUUAAUGAUAUGUUGAACAACUUCAAACACUAGCAGCGGGUGGAUUUUAGACUUAAAUUGAUUAUUAAUCAAGAACGCUUUUAUUUUGAGCUUCUGCAGCUGUUGCUUCAGUCUUAUUUUACUCCACCGGGAUUCUCGAGUAACACUAGUCACUGAGCUGCGGUUCUGCCUUAGUUCAUCUACUCGCAUGUAAAGAAACUAAAGAAUAUAGAGCUGUAAACAACAACUCGUACUUGGCCAAAUCAAAACAACUGGAAGUUAAUCCAAGUUUGUCAACAUUGGUUUAGAAAGCAGAGUUUUCGUACCAGACGCUUAGUGAGUAUAUCUGAAAAACAGGACAACUUAACAGCGCCCAAGAAAAAAAACAUUACUGCCUAAAUAGUAGGAUCUUUAAUAUCAGUACUACUUUGAAUGAUCUUGGACGAUCACAAACAAAGGCAGACGUUUUCUUUAUUUUUUUCACCACAUAUUUAAAGGCGGAAGAGCAAAGUUUUGGCUUGAAAAGUGACACGAAAGGCGUCGGAGCUAAUGAUGGAAAGUGACCAAAAUAUUUCAUCGCCAUCAAAUGGUACAGGCAUGGCGUCUUCGUCCUCGAUACCCAUGAAAUUACUCAUGUUAAUCAUUAUCUUAAUGGUCUUUGAGAUUCUCACUUUGCUUGGUAAUGGUUUCGUUGUUUAUCUUGUUGCCAUGAAGAGACGUCUUCACACCAAUACAAAUUGGUUGGUCCUGUCUUUAGCCGUGUCAGACCUGGCUGUUGCCUUGGCUAUCAUUCCAUCAAGAACAGCUUGCUUUCGGCAUCAGUGUGACGAAAUCCUCAUGAAGAUUCUAUAUGAUAUCUUCAUCUUUAUAUCGUUGUGCAACUUAUGUUGUUUGACGUUGGACCGGUUUAUUGCAGUCAUGCAACCUCUAAAGUAUCACUCAACUAUAACUUAUUCUGUCGUUGUCAAGAUGAUUAUUGCCAGCUGGGUCAUUCCUACGGUCAUUUUCUGCAUUCCUCUGAUUUGGACUUAUGGAUACAGUGAUGACAUUCCUCUAAGACAAACUGCGGAUAAGAUAUUCUAUCUAACACAAAUCAUCAUGUUCAUGUGUGUUCCUUGUCUAGUGAUGUUCAUCGCGUAUGCCUGCAUUCUGAGCAUGGCACUCGAGCAAGCUAAACGUAUCCAAAUAUUAGAACAGUCUGUGUCAGCUAAUGGGUCUAGCAAUAGUUAUUCCGUCGAGGCCAAAAAUACCAUCAAAGUAUUUGGAGUGGUUUACAUGAUGUUUGUGUUUUGUUGGAUCAUGUCUGCAUACCGUACUUUUGAAAACUUCUUCCAUCAAGGUAGCGUGCCCUCCGAGGUCACCACAACGUCAAGGCUGCUACUAUUGUUCAACAGUUGUGUCAACCCUAUUGUUUACGCGCUGUGGAAAAAAGACAUUCGCGCCGAGUUUAAAAGAUGUUUCAGGUCGUUGCGAAGACGGCCGAUGUCGAUGUACAGCAGUCAUACUACCAUGGAGAACAGGACAAAAGGAAAUCUUACCUGGGUGGAGCAAAUGACAGAUGAAAAUGUGUCACUCUCAAGUAACUAUCAGAAAACUAGCUCUAGUGAUCAACAAGACAUAGCAUUGGAAGAACAGUCUCUUAAUAAUGCAAACCUGAUAACUGAUCCAGAGAAAAUAUAAUGAAUGCGUUUGUGGACGUUGUGGUAUUCAGGUGAUAAGAAAAAGCAUGCAAGCUGACUGACAUGGCAUGCGAAAGACAUCCUCGUAAUCUGACCAGAUAUCCUGCCGAUCAAUUACAAAGUCAAAAAAAGUCAUAUCUACUGCCGUGAAAUGAGUUGGUAAGGAUAAUUCGUGACAUAUGGCGUGACAUAUGGCGUGACAUAUGGCAAAAAUGGCACAAAACAUUAGACGAAUACCGCAAAUCAUCAGUAUAUCCAUAUAUCAUAUGCUAAAUAAAUUAAGAGAGGGACGCUGGUAUAAAGUGAUCGAAUGGAAGGGUUGUACAAGCUAUGCUACAACCACACUGCUAGCUGAUGUUGAAAAAAAUAGGAUAAUUAGAGAGUUUAAGGAGCUCGUCACGGCAAGCAUCAAACGUCGGUUGACAAGAAAACAAAAAUUUUCAGAAUUAGUAAAAAAGAAUCGAAACUUUGGUGAGAACGGGUAAGGUGAAGCAGGGAAAUUGAAAACUUGGUAAUAUUUUCACCGUUUGCGUGAAGAAAAAUGAACAUAGUGCAUCAUCUGUCUAUUAUUACGCACUAGAAAUUCCAAAGAGAAUGAAAAGAAGAAAAGGGCAAUUGCAGAACGACUAAAGAGAAGGCGGACAAAUAAACACUUUGUUUCAUUUUGAAUUAAGAUGUCCCAGAAGAAUGGUUACUCUUCCUUCACACGACAUUAAUUAAGGUUACUUUUUUUUUUAUUAUUAUUUUCGUUAGAGACGCAAUUCAUUUCUCCCCUACACUUCGAUGAUAAAACGAUGCACAACAGCCAAGGCGGUUGCUUACCUGGACUAUGUGAUUAUAAAUAAUAUUAACCAAACGAAUGAUUUAACAAACAUCUACGAAUAAUCUAAUAAAUAAAUGCAUUUUUGGAUGAGUGAGUGGUUAUGCGUGUAGAAUAUAAAUUUGACUGGUGUUAAUGUCAGACCGAUUUAACCAGCUGAUCUGAAAUAGUGACGUAGAAAUUGAUGUCACUUGCAAAACCGUGUGCCAUGUUGAAGCCUGAGAAAACUGACCAGCGAAAAUAUAAACACUUUUCCACCAUUGCAAUAAGAAUAUAAAACUCAUUAGUUAUUGUGGUACUGUUAUCAACCUCUUAUUAGGAACGUUAUAUAUUUUUUCAUUUGGUGGCCUGGAAAUCCAUAACUUUCAAGAGGAAAAGUGACACCUCAGUUUUCAUUGCAAAUUUUCUCGAUUCUGAUUGGCUAACACUUUUUUCCCAGAUCAGCUGGAAAGUCAGUUUAUUUCCACAAAAAUCUAAUUUCCAUUCAUGGACAUUCUUAUCGAUCCACGUCCAGUACAUUUUCCAUAAUCCGAUUGCCGCACAAUAUUGUAAAAAGAACGAGUUUCGCGAUUUCAUUAUAUUACUACAAUAAACAAUAGCAUUAUCA